GACGGAUCCUUUGUCUGCUAGCUCGGUUAAACAGCAACAUUAACUACUCUGAUUCAACUUGUCCGAAUGCUAAAUGGCUCAAUUCACAACACAAGGGCGUUUGAAGCUGCUCUUCCAUGGCGAUGGAGUGGAACCGAGGGACCCUUUUCAUUACAAGCUCCUUUCCAUUGUUUUUGGUGGUUCUGCCGGGCUUAAAUCACUUCAACUUCAAAAGGGUAUGUUCAGAUUUCUCGGUUCCACUCCUAGAAAACAUCAUUUUUCUUCUUUAAAGAAACGCACCAAAUUUAAUGCAAAGGCGAGUCUUGAUGUUAGUGAUGAAGGAAUUCAUGAUGAUGAUGAUUAUGAUAGUGAGCUUGAAAUUGACGAGUUGGCUUGUUUUAGAGGUCUUGUUUUGGAUAUCUCUUACAGGCCGAUCAAUGUUGUUUGCUGGAGGCGUGCUAUAUGUUUGGAGUUCAUGGAGAAGGCUGAUGUUCUAGAGUACUAUGAUCAGACCGUGAACUCGCCGAGUGGAUCCUUCAACAUACCAGCUGUGUUAAGGAUUCCUCAUCUUCUGCAAGUUGUUAAAAGAAGAAGAAUCAGCACCAAUCUAAGUCGAAAAAAUGUUCUAUUUAGGGACAACUUUACUUGUCAGUAUUGCCGUUCUCGCGAUAACUUGACCAUCGACCAUGUUCUUCCAAUUGCAAGAGGAGGGGAAUGGACAUGGGAGAAUCUGGUGACUGCUUGUGCCAAGUGCAAUUCGAAGAAAGGUCGAAAAACACCGGAGGAAGCAAACAUGACGUUGAUUAAGGUCCCCAAGGCUCCCAAGGAUUACGACAUACUUGCGAUACCGCUAACAAGUGCGGCGGUACGGAUGUUGAGGAUGAGAAACGGGACGCCGGAAGAAUGGCAGCAGUAUCUCUCCUCUUCCAUGGAGCCUUAACCUGCUGUACAUUCUUAAAUCUUCAUACAUAUCAGAUAAGUCCCUCAUUUUCUACACUGCAUUCAGAAGUCGGUAUCGUAUUUGGACAUCCGAUUCGGGAAAUGGAUGUAUUCAUGUCUACAAAGUGGUUAACAUCGCCCCCUAUAAUUGUUUAACCAUAGCAUUGUAUAAUGUUACUGUCGUAACCGUUUUUCGGCGGGACAAUCGUUUAAUUGUUUAAAAACAGUUACGACUUUUAUUUUGGAAAA